UGGCAAAGCACUGAUGAGUUUCAACCUGAUGACACACCAUUAAGACUGACAACCUCUGUAUGACAUCCUGGCUACGAAAGGAAAUAUAGGACUGGGAUUAACCAGUGCUUGGCAGAGAGGCAGUUACGGUAAUUCAUGGAAGAUUUCUGAAGUUUGUCAGAAGAAAUUUCUUGAUAAUUGGAAGGGAAUGGGUACACAUCAGAAGUUCUUCAGUCUAUUGUUAAAAAAAUAUCAGCUAACUUUUAGCUGAUGACGAACUGAAAAAGAGAGAAAAAAAUAAAUCUGGAAAGACUGAUCUUCAUGUUUAAUGACAAAUGGAUGAAAAUUGAAAUGUAAAAGCACUGGUCUUCAUACAUGACCAUGACAACAGAUUUUAUGUGAAGAGAGUGUCAACAAUUUGAACCACAAAGAUAACUGAAAUUGCUUUUAUAUCCCAGUGAAAAUUAGUGGAUUUAAUGGCUUUGUGGAUAAGUAAAUCUGUAGGCUUAUUGAUAAAAAACCACUGACUAGUCGAACUCGGAACAUGACAGGUUGUUUUUAUCUCAAAACACUCAAACACCUUGACUAGAUUAUGCCAUUAGAGUUGCAAAGCUCCUGCAAAACAAGAUUGUGUCUGAAAAACAGUGUUGUGCAACUGGCUUGAGUGUUCUGAAUCAGGGAGGAAAUCUAAGCAUGGCACAUGUUGGCUGUUGUAGUGAAGCAGAAAAAUCCAAUUUUUUCCCAGAAUCGUGAUUUAGAUCAAUUGGACCAAAUCCAGGAAAACUUGAAUUAUUGCAGGAUUGUCUGCAUUCUGCAGGGUUGUCUGCAUUAGGGACAACAAUGCCAAGAUCGAGGCCUUUUUUCCCCUUUUGGAUGAAAGCUGCAAAGAAUUAGCAACCAUAGCUUAUCAACUGAGACAGCUGUACUCAAAUAAUAUUCUAGGAAAUCUAGGAAAUAUUUUUAUUCUCAGUCUGUGGCACAUUCCAGCAUCACAACCAGCUGCGUCUUGGUGAUUCACAGUAAAAAAACGAGUGGAGUCGCGGAUCACUCUGCCUGUGCUUUAUGAUAACAAUAAUCCAUGUUUACGACGUAUUGCAAAGAUGCAGCCUAUGGACCAUUGCUGAUGGCAGCUGAUCAAUACAGUACUGGCACUGGCUUCCAACAUAGCAUAUGGGAAUAGUGUGUACAGCUAUAACCACUGUAUUGGGAGUGAUAGAGAUUACGUCACAGAACACAGUGUCAUUAAUGAGCUAUUACAAUGGGCAUACUCUGAAGUCUUGAUCAUUGGACACUGAACAAGGUGUAGUGAAUCCUUCUGAUACCUGUAAGCUGUGAUGAUAUAUACCAGACACCAUGAGGAGUCUAGACAGUAAAUUAUGGUCUAAUUACUGUUACAUGCCAAUACUGAAGAUAAACAACAAGUACCAUUAUUUUGUGUACAACACAAGAGAUCAUCACCAUCAUCAUCAUGAAAUAUAGUAGUGCCUUGUUGCAAUAUGUAUGGACUGUGUAAAAGGACAGCAUCAACACCAUCAUGAAAUAUAUAUAUACAUUAAUUAUGAUACCUUAUGAUAUGGCAAGGAUGAUGUAGGAUGAGAGCAUCGGCAUCAUCAUGAAAUAUAAUAUUAUAAUGAUACCUUGCAGCAUCGUGACAUAAGGGAAUAUGUAAAAUUACAUAGCAAGUUCUAUACCUGCUAUACCUGGGCACUUGUUAGGUAUGAAAUGGGCAGACCACAACUGUGGUUAAAACAGGAUAUUAGGCUCAAGGGCUAACAGCCUCCCCUUAUUAGGAAAGAGUUGUGGCAACUUUCUCUUAUCUGCCACAUACAGGCAAACUUCUUCCUUUGAGGGUAAAGUGGUUGCUCAUUUGUUAACUCUAACUAGUACCGUUACAUUGUCUCCAAGGAAGAUCAACAUCUAACAUAUCAACAUAGCCUGUGGUUUACUUUGAAACCCUAGGAUGAUCUGGCUUGUCAAGGAUGGCAAUAUAAUAGCUUGAACACAGUAAACAGUGUCUCUGAGGAAUAUAAUUGCCCUGGGUUUUUUGUUGAUACUUGUGGUUGAUACUUGGAAAAGUGGGCAUUGAAUAGCGUGGGUGAUGUAUCAUGUAUAAGUUCCGUUGGAUUCAGGGCUACUUCCACCUAGAGCAGUGUUAUCCUCAGAGGAGCAAGUGGUGGUUGAUGGAGACAGGGAAAGGGGUGACCAGUAGUAUGGAGGAUGAGCUGACCUGUCCAGUAUGUCUGGAGCUCUAUGCUGACCCGCUGAUCUUGCCGUGUUCACACAGUGUCUGUAAGCAAUGUCUACAGGACAUCAUACACAGCAAGAAGGAGAAGACAGACAAUGAAGAGAAGAUUGACUGUCCCUCCUGCAGAAAGCCACUUGACGCAACUAAGGAAGCACUUGCCUCCUUGCCAAGAAACCUUGCCUUAGAAAACAUUGUGAUACGCUACACUGAAGAGUGCAGCAAAAGACUUGCCAAUAAAGCCAGUAUUGAUUUACCCUCACCAGAGCCCUCUGGUGGUAGUGAGGAGACUGAGGAUGUUUUACCAGCUGACUUUCCUGUAGAGCAUCGGCAGAAGUGUGAAUUAUGUGAAGGGAACACGCCCAGUAAAGCUGCCUGGUACUGCGGCCAAUGCUCAGUGGCUUACUGCCAUCCAUGUUUGGACAAAUUCCAUCCAAAGAGAGGCUCUCUUGUUCGUCACAAACUUCGACGUCCGUCAGAUCUAGAAUCGUCCAACAAGGAAGUGUUCUGUCAGGAUCAUGAAGCAGAAGCGGCAGCUAUUUUCUGUGAUCAAUGCCAAAGUCUUGUCUGUCAUCUGUGUGUGUGUGAUGGGGUAGGGAAACAUGCGGGGCACAAGAUAUUGGAUGCAACGACAGCCUCGGGCAAAAUCAAGGAAUUGGUCAGUGGGAAACGCCAAGGACUUGAGAAGCAACUUGUCAGCCAUGCUGAGCAGCAAACCAAGCUAGAGGAACUUAUCAAUGAAAUUAAGAGUAUCCACAAGGAGUCUGAGAGUCACAUAGAAAACCAAUAUAAGCGUCUUUUGGCAGACCUCAGUAUUAUUUUAAGCCAAGAGAGAGAUGCCAUCUUGCACAGUCUCGCAGAGGAAAAGAAUCAGUGUCUUCGCAAAUUACAGCACACGAUGACAGAGAGCAAGCAGCAUAUCAAGCAGAUGCACAUGCUUUCGCAGUCGUGCCAGGAGCUGGUUGAAGAGAAGAAUGUGCAUGCAACGCUGAUAAAUGCCAGUCGUGUAGAGCAGCUAAACAAAGAAGUGGAACAGUGUGCAAACAAGACCAAGGAGGUAAACCUCCAGUUUGAAGACUGUGUGAAGAAGAAGAGCAGCCAAGUGUCUGAUCUGUACACAGGGACCAGAAAGUUUCGCCAUCGAGCAAUGGCUGCUGUACGCUUGAUGCUAGAAGAAGAUGAAGACCAGUGCAAAACUAUCAUUCCCCACAUCAAGUCUCCUACCUCACCCAGGUCACCACAGGGUCAAGGUCGCAGUGAGGCCCCUCGGGUCCACAACAAAUACCUCAUAACCUGGGGCUUCACCUCAACUUCCUUCACGGCUGAGGAACUGACUGCCAACUCCAGUUGGACUGUCACCAUAGACAAGAACAGUACUCACAUGGGCAAUUUAAACACCGGUUAUUUAUUUGGUGUGGGGAUCGCUUCCGUUCCCCUCAACUUCAAGGAUUUAACGGGGAUGAAUGAGAAGUCCCUGGGGAUUAUUUGUUCCGGUGGAGAUAUCAUAUUUGCAAAGAACAGUAAACAGGAGUGUCUGAUGCAGUUGCCGGGGUUACCAGUCUCUGUGUCUGUGGCUGUGAGAAUGGAUCAGCCCAACGUCAUGGUGUUUGCCUAUAAAAUCUCCUGCACACACUGGGGGGAUGUGCUUACGGGAAAGCACGUGGUCACAGACGUGCUGAUGAAGAAGAAAACGUACCCAGUAUUUACUGUCAGCCAGAGAGUGAAAUUGCUCUUCCCAACUUUUGUGUAAUUUUUUUUUAAAUUUAAGUCAGGGUCAUAUAGAGUAAAUUCUUUACUUUAAGCAAAACCUUUUGCCAAUAAUGAUUAAGAUAUACAAAAUGCAGUGUUUACCCUAGCUAUUAUUAGUAUUACUUUGGAACAUAAGUGAGGAAACAUGAAAGUUCUUAAAUGAGUUCAAGUGGAAGAACUUAUAAAGUUAAUUGUAUCAGGUAGAGUUUAAGGUAUGUUGAUGCACACAACCAAAGGCAUCAGAUAUUUUUAGUGAUAUAGCAUAUAUUUAAAAUAUAUAUCCAUUUGUGACUUAUGGUGCUAAACAAGUGUUCUUACAAACACCCUUUUUUUUAGCUUUUAGUUCUGAUUUUUUUUAAACACAUCUGGGAAAAAACAGUACAAACAUCAAUUGUGAAAAGAUAACAUUGUAUUCCAUAGUGUCUUUAUGCCGACUUGAAAAGUUUUUGUUCAAGCGAUAAAUUGCAUGAAUUCAUUUGUCUUACUUCCUCAUUAAAUGUAUCAUGUUUGAAUGAUUCAAAGUAAUUAUCAGUGAAUGCUGUAUUAUAUUAUAUUUUUAGUAAGGACAUGAAUAAAUUGAAUAUUGCUUAGCAUUA